AUGCAUAUUGUCCCCGUAUCGUCGAUGUGUCCACGUGUUGUUGUGUUUCCUCUGCGAGUGGUCCUCCAUGUGUUCCUGUUCUGAGUUCUCUGGUGAACAAGUUACGUGAGCUCACUGGGCAGAGGCAAUGGGCCCCAAAAGAACGAAUUGGAAGAGGAGAAGACCAUAUCAACAUAGAAGACCUUCAGAUUCUGUUUCUGCUCAGACAAGUAACGCAGGGUGCUCUUCAUCCAGUAGUGCAGCAGCAGCAUCAUCCUCAUCGUCGUCAUCAUCAUCAUCUGUCCCAGAACUCCCGGGAUUUUACUAUGACCCAGAAAAGAAUCGCUACUUUCGGAUGCUCCCUGGACACAACAAUUGCAACCCUCUUACAAAAGAGAUGCUCCAGCGAAAGCAGAUGGAGCUGGAGAGACUGAAGAUGCUCAAAGAAGAGGAAAAUAGGAUUAAAUCAACCAGGCCUGGAUUGAACGCAUCAAUGCUUGUGUUGAAAAGAAGUGUUGGAAUGAUACCUUCAACUACAUACUGCCGACGUAUGCACGAGUUGAAAAUGAGCUGUAUGAUGAGUAGAAAGGUGCACAUCGACUGCCCAGAGGAGGGUGUUGAGACUGGGCAGCAUCCAUUUGAAUUAAUGUUGGCAGACUCAAACUACAAGAGUGUGUUUACGGUAAAUGAUGCAGAUAACGGUUUCUGCAAAUUUGGACUCUUGAGUUUAAAUGGUUUGUGGAAGGAGUCGCCAACUGUGAAGAGUUACGAUACUCCAUAUUUUGCCAAUCAGAAGGUGAAUGCAGCAUGUUGGGCAACUAUGACAGCAACUGACUCUCAUAUUUUAGUUUGCCACCAAGGAAAGCAAGAGUCUCCGGGUUGUGUUAGCCUCAUCCCUGCUUGUUUAUUGAAAAACAUGGAAGCUAACUCAGAUGGUCGUCCUGAAUUGUUUUACAAAGUUAAAAUUUCCAACACAUGGUCCUGUGCGUGGAGUUACUAUCCCUAUCAGACGAACAACUAUGCAGUAGGUUUACGGCAACAGAUACUGCUCGUUAAUAUAGUUAAAAACUUCAGACAAGCAUUUAAGACCGAAAGUGAUGUCCUUGCUCAACAGUUUGCCACGCAGUCGGGAUUGCUCUACAAUGGCGGUCGUUCGGGAGAGGUUUUUGCUGUUGAUCUUCGUCUUCCUUCUAAUCCAUUUAGCUGGAAGAAAGCCAUUUCUUUCCACCAUCGUUGCAGUAUCUCCUCCUUGCGUCUACUUCAGGAUGAAAACUAUCUGAUGGUGUCUGACAUGUCUGGAAAGAUCAAGUUAUGGGACAUAAGAAACGUGAGGCCGGUAAAGCACUACGAGGGUCAUAAUAACAGCUAUGCACUGUUGCCGCUACAUGUAAAAGAAGAUGAAGGAUUACUAUUAGCAGUUGGCCAAGAUUGUUACACACGAAUUUGGAACCUUGAAGACACUAGGUUAUUGAGGACUAUUCCUUCCCCACAUCCAGCAUCGAAAGACUCUAUACCAAACGUGGUCUUCUCUCCUUAUCUUGGUGGGAAACAUCAAAUGGUACCUGGCCUAUUGAUGGCUGUGGAAAAAGAACUGUACCACUUCUCAUACAACUUCAAGAAAUCUUAAUCUGUGAAAUAAGGAAAGUGUAUAACACAACUACGUUAUCAGG